AUGGGUAAAUCACAUUCAAAAGAAACCUUUACUCAAUGGGACUUAGAUCGUUUCAGCAACGUAACUGGUAUUCCACGUACUACAGUUGAAAAACUUUACCAAGAAUUCAUUGCUACAACUGGUAAAGACAACCGUAUGGACAAAAAAGAAUUCCGUCGUUUAUAUAAAGAAUUAUAUACAAGUGGACGAACUGGUACAACUGUUCCAGCUGUUAUCAGCGAACAUGAUUUGGAAAAAAUUUCCGAUCGUGUAUUCAAAGCUUUUGAUGGUGAUAAUUCAGGCAAAUUGACCUUCGAAGAAUUCGUCAAUGCUUAUUUAUUGAUCAAUCAAAAAGAUUCAGCAACAUCAACAACAUUCACACCACGUGAUCGAUUAACCUAUGUUUUGGAUCAUACCAAUCCAACACCAGGUUACGUUACACGAGAACAAGGUGAACAAGUAUUCAACCGUCUUAACAAAUUCUACGACUGGGAAGAUACAACAAAAACAACAUCAACAACAACUACACCAGUUGGUACAACAAAACCAAUGUCAACAACAUGGGAACAACACUGGACCAAACUCGAUGAUGGCAGUGGCCGUGUUCCACAAGAAAAAUUUGUUGAAUACGUUACAACAUCUGAUUCUUACAAAAACCACCUCAAUCGUCCAUUAUUUUAA